AUGAGCAGGCCUUUGCCUUAUCAUAUCUACUUUUUUUCGGGACUGUUGACCUGUUGGAUACUAUGUACCUCUUCUGCCAACAAAUGUACUGUUAGACAUGAAGUAGCCGAUUGUAGUCAUCUGAAGUUGACUCAAAUACCUGAUGACCUCCCAACAAACAUAACUGUGUUGAAUCUUACCCAUAAUCAACUCAGAAGAUUGCCACCUGCCAAUUUUACAAGAUACAGCCAACUUACUAUCUUGGAUGGGGGAUUUAACUCCAUCUCAAAGCUGGAGCCAGAACUGUGUCAAAGUCUCCCUUGGUUGGAAGUUUUGAACCUCCAGCACAAUGAGAUAUCCCAGCUUUCUGAUAAAACCUUUAUCUUCUGCAUGAAUUUGACUGAACUCCAUCUAAUGUCCAACUCAAUCCAGAAAAUUCAAAAUGAUCCCUUUAAAAACCUGAAGAAUUUAAUCAAAUUAGACCUCUCUCAUAAUGGCUUAUCAUCUACUAAAUUAGGAACUCAGCUCCAACUGGAAAACCUUCAAGAGCUUCUAUUAUCAAAUAAUAAAAUUUCUUCACUAACACCAGAAGAACUUGAUUUUCUUGGCAAUUCUUCUUUAAAAAGAUUAGAGUUGUCAUCAAAUCAAAUCAAAGAGUUCUCUCCUGGGUGUUUUCAUGCCAUUGGAAAAUUAUCUGGCCUCUCUCUAAACAAUGCCAAGCUGAGCCCCAGUCUCAUAGAGAAGCUCUGCUUGGAAUUGUCAAAUACAAGCAUUGAGAAUCUGUCGCUGAGCAGCAACCAGCUGGACACCAUCAGCCACAUGACCUUCGAUGGACUGAAGCAGACAAAUCUCACCACACUGGACCUUUCCCGUAACUCCUUACGUGUGAUGAGCAAUGACUCCUUUGCCUGGCUUCCCCAUCUCGAAUACCUCUUUCUGGAGUAUAAUAACAUAGAGCAUUUGUCUUCUCGCUCUUUCUUUGGGCUUUCCAGCUUGAGACACCUGAACUUGAGACGGUCUUUUGCUAGACAAAGCAUUUCACUGACUUCACUCCCCAAGAUUGACGAUUUUUCCUUUCAGUGGCUAAAAUGUUUGGAGUACCUCAACAUGGAAGAUAACAACUUUCCAGGCAUAAAAAGAAAUACUUUCACAGGAUUGGUGAGGCUGAAAUUUUUAAGUCUAUCUGACUCCUUCUCAAGUUUGCGGACUUUAACAAAUGAGACAUUUCUAUCACUCGCUGGUUCUCCUCUGCUCCUACUCAACCUAACCAAAAAUAAAAUCUCAAAAAUACAGAGUGGUGCUUUUUCUUGGUUGGGGCACCUGGAGAUGCUUGACCUCGGCCUGAAUGAAAUUGGGCAAGAACUCACAGGCCAGGAAUGGAAAGGCCUAGACAAUAUUGUCGAACUCUACCUUUCCUACAACAAAUACCUAGAGCUGACCACCAACUCUUUCACCUCAGUUCCAAGCCUUCAAAGACUGAUGCUCCGAAGGGUGGCCCUGAAACAUGUGGAUAGCUCCCCUUCGCCUUUUCACCCUCUUCUGAACCUGGUCAUUCUGGAUCUAAGCAACAACAACAUUGCCAACAUAAAUGAUGAAUUGUUGAAGGGUCUUGAGAAACUAGAAAUUCUGGAUUUGCAGCAUAACAACUUAGCUCGGCUCUGGAAGCAUGCCAACCCUGGUGGUCCUGUUCAGUUUCUAAAAGGUCUUUCUCGCCUCCACAUCCUUAACUUAGAGUCUAAUGGCUUUGAUGAGAUCCCAGUGGAAGCCUUCAAGGACUUACGUGAAUUGAAGAGUAUUGAUUUAGGAAUGAAUAAUUUAAAUAUCCUUCCACAAUCUGUAUUUGAUAAUCAAGUGUCACUAAAGUCAUUAAGCCUUCAGAAGAACCUCAUAACAUCUGUUGAAAAAACUGUUUUUGGGCUAGCAUUCAGUAAUCUGAAUUAUUUAGAUAUGAGUUUUAAUCCAUUUGAUUGUACCUGUGAAAGCAUUGCCUGGUUUGUUAACUGGAUUAAUAGUACCCACAGCAACAUCUCUGAACUAAGGAACCAUUACCUCUGCAACACUCCGCCUCAAUACCAUGGUUUCCCAGUAGUGCUUUUCGAUGUAUCGGCCUGCAAAGACAGUGCCCCAUUUGAACUCCUUUUCAUGAUUAGCACCAAUAUCCUUUUGAUUUUUAUCUUUAUUGUACUGCUCAUCCAUUUUGAAGGCUGGAGGAUAUCUUUUUAUUGGAAUGUUUCAGUGCAUCGAGUUCUCGGUUUCAAAGAAAUAGACAGAGCAGAGCAGUUUGAAUAUGCAGCAUAUAUAAUUCAUGCCUAUAAAGAUAGGGAUUGGGUCUGGAAGCACUUCUCCCCAAUGGAAGAAGAAGAUCAUACUCUCAGAUUUUGUUUGGAAGAAAGGGACUUUGAGGCAGGUGUCUUUGAACUUGAAGCAAUUGUGAACAGCAUCAGAAGGAGCAGAAAAAUUAUUUUUAUUAUAACACAGAAUCUAUUGAAAGAUGCAUUAUGCAAAAGAUUCAAGGUUCACCAUGCAGUUCAGCAAGCUAUUGAACAAAACCUGGAUUCCAUUAUAUUGAUCUUUCUUGAGGAGAUUCCGGAUUAUAAACUGAACCAUGCACUCUGUCUGCGAAGAGGGAUGUUUAAAUCUCAUUGCAUUUUGAACUGGCCAGUUCAGAAAGAACGGGUAAAUGCUUUUCAUCAUAAAUUGAAAGUAGCACUUGGGUCCAGAAAUUCAGUACAUUAA